GAUUCACGAGGGAACUUCAAAUUUUAAAAAUAAAUAUCGCAUGCAUAUGACUAGAGGUGUUUUUAUUUAAUUCGCACUGAAGAAAUUAAAAUGGAUUGCGUAAAAACUAUUGAAGAGACAGAGCAAAUAGCGGAAAAUGAAGAGGAUGAGGAAAUUGAUGCUGUAGAAGAUGUAGAUACCAAAGAUCCCGCUAAAAAGAAGAAAAAGAAAAAAAAGAAGAAGAAGACAGCAGGAGCCGAAGAAGUUGCAGUUAAGAAUAAUGAAGAGGGGUUAGAAAAACAAGCACAAGCAUUGUCGGUUGAAAACAAUGUUGGUGAUGGAGAAGAAAAAAAGAAGAAGAAAAAGAACAAAAAUAAAAACAAAAACGCCACAAAGGCUCAGACAAACCCACCAACUAUUCCUAUUGCGGAACUGUUCCCUGAUGGUAAUUUCCCUGAGGGACAGAUAAUGGAGCAUGGUCCAGCUGAAGGUAUUGAUGAGAGAACUGCUAAAGAUAGAUUUUCUAGCGAAGAAAAGAGAGCAUUAGACCGAAUGCACCAAGAUAUCUACCAGGAAAUUAGGCAUGCAGCUGAAGCACAUAGACAAACUCGGCAAUACAUGCGAGAUUGGAUUAAGCCUGGUAUGACUAUGACACAAAUAUGUGAAGAAUUGGAAUCUACAGCUAGACGUCUCAUUGGUGAAGAUGGUUUAAAGGCAGGCCUCGCUUUCCCUACUGGCUGCAGUCGUAAUCAUUGUGCUGCACAUUACACACCAAAUACUGGGGAUAAUACCGUCCUUGAAUACGACGACGUCGUAAAGAUUGACUUUGGUACACACAUUAACGGACGAAUCAUUGAUUGUGCAUUCACACUGCACUUCAACCCACGCUAUGAUCCUUUAGUGAAGGGAGUGCAGGAAGCCACCGAGGCUGGUAUCAAGGCAUCUGGUAUUGAUGUGAGGCUAUGUGAUGUUGGUGCUGCAGUACAAGAGGUAAUGGAAUCACAUGAAGUAGAAUUAGAUGGUACAGUUUAUCAAGUGAAACCUAUCCGUAACCUUAAUGGUCACUCCAUUGGACCAUAUCGUAUUCAUGCUGGUAAAACGGUGCCAAUCGUGAAGGGUGGUGAGACAACUCGUAUGGAAGAAAAUGAGUUCUAUGCAAUUGAAACUUUCGGCUCAACUGGCCGGGGACAAGUCCACGACGAUAUGGACUGCUCUCAUUAUAUGAAGAACUUUGAUCAACAAUUUGUGCCUUUAAGAUUACAAUCAUCAAAACAGCUGUUGAACUUGAUCAACAAGAAUUUCGGCACGCUCGCAUUCUGCAAGCGGUGGUUGGAGCGCGCUGGUGCAUCGCGCUACGCGAUGGCGCUCAAAGACCUCUGCGAUAAGGGCGUCGUGGACGCGUACCCGCCGCUCUGCGAUAUUAAGGGCUGCUACACCGCGCAGUUUGAACACACAAUCCUGCUAAGACCCACGUGCAAGGAAGUGGUUUCAAGAGGCGAUGAUUAUUAAUGCAUAAUUCACGCUACACCAUGCCCCGAACCAUGGUCAGGCAUUAAUCACUUCAUACAAAAACUAUACAAUGAUGUUUGUACAAGGCUGGCGACACGGUGUAGCGUAAAGCAUGAUAACAACGGUCCAGACAUAUGCUUAUUCUUACGACGAAUUUUUAGGGCUGGCAUCCCCGGCUGUGACAGAUGACACAUUCAAUGAAGAGUGGUGUGAAGUGUUUUUUAAUGUUUUGGUGAUUUGGUAGUUGAAUUAUGUUGAUAAAAUUCGAUUUUCAAAUAGACUGAUGUAAUCAGACUCUGAUACUUUUUAAUAAUUAUUGAACCAAAUUUUGUCCAAAUCAAGUGUUUCUUUGCUGGGUCAUCAGUCCUAAUAAUUUAUACAUGCUAUAUUUUUACGUUCUAACAAUUCAAGUUUGCAAUAAGCCCGCGGCUUUAAAACUUUUACUCAAAUUAUUUAAGUUUAACUUGUUGAUGUCAAUAUUAACUCUUUUUUUUUUGUGAUUUUGUUUAUUAUAACUAUAUAUUGUAUCAGUUUUUGUAGAGUGUAAGAUACAGCUGUGUAUUCUGACCAUUGUCAGUCAAUACAAAUUAACCUUUAAAUAAAGUUAUGUAUUUUA